AGAAAACGCGGUUUCGCGACGCAGUGCGUGAUGACGUUACGUAAAACUGUUCGGUGACGUUACGUAUGUUCCGGAGAGCAGGAAGUGUGAUGUGGCUUUGACUCACAACAAAAAUGUCGGCCAUUUUCAACUUCCAGUCACUGCUAACAGUGAUCCUCCUCCUGAUCUGUACCUGUGCCUACAUCAGAGCGCUGGCUCCCAGCCUGCUAGACAAGAACAAGACCGGGCUUCUAGGAAUUUUCUGGAAGUGUGCCAGAAUAGGUGAGCGGAAGAGUCCCUGGGUGGCUUGCUGCUGUGUCAUCAUGGCUUUUAGUAUACUGUUUCUACAGUAACAGUCCAAAGAGAACGACGAAUGGAAAUACCGGGGAAAUGGACAGACAACAAGGCAUGGACAGUACGAUCCUAGAAGCACAACAGGACUUCCGGUGGUUGUCACUUAGAUAAUGUAAAAACGGAGACCCGUCGCCACUCAUUGAGCCACGGAGAGAGAGAGAGAAUGUGUCUUGUGUAGUGAGAGGGAUGAGCUGAUAGCCCCAGAGUGUGUCUAGAUCCCUCCACGGACUUCCCAGGUCUGUCCUUGUGUUUGCUAAUGUGGAAUGUUUACUCCGGAUGUAUGCAAGUGUGUGUGUUUGGGGGGCAAUGCUUUCUGUUAUCUGCCAUUUAGUUUAAAGGAAAGAAGUCACAUUCUGGCAUCAUUGGUGGGAUCAAAAUAAUACAUUGUUUGUCCAGGCAUUUCAAACUGAUAUGUUUUCCCCUCGAGUUUGUCACAAUUGCAUCGAACAGUUUGAAAUGUUCUCCAAAAAAGGACCUUCAUAAAUGCUCAUAACUGUUUGUAAACUGAGGUAUAAUGAGGUGUGACUUCAAAUCAUCUCAGCGCCCUCUUUGUAACCUGUUCACUUUGUUGUAUCUAGAAAUGGUGAUCAAAUUCCACAGCAAACAAAAUGACAGUGUAGUUCUUCAGGUGGAUAUUUGUCCUGCAUAAUUGCCUCAGAGAGCUACUGAUGUUUUUUAAAGUCAGUCAGUUUGCCACUAUUUAUUAAAGAACCUUUUUGGAAA